AUGAGCAACCCAUUAGGUCAAUUCAGAACCAGCAAUUCAAUGGUCGAGGACGUGAUAUCCUUGCCUCCCACAUACGUACCUGGCUUUCUUGCUGGCUGCGUUGAUCUGGAUGUUGACAUCUCUGACCGUGCUUUGCAAGGUUUACCCAAAAGAACCAUAGGGAUCGUAGGCUUUUCACGGUCAAAACUUUCAUUUCCAUCACAACUUGUUUUGGCUAAUAAGCUUCCUCCCAUCUUCUUUCUCUGCUUCCCUUCAAAUAACUUGAAAGGAUUUGGUAAGAUCUUCAUUGGAGCUGCUGCUGGUGGCCAUUCUCAACUUGAAUCCAAGUUUCUCCAAAACAUCGCCCUUGUUGUCAACCCCGUUGCCACUACUGCUGUGUCUAUAGAGAUCGAUGGCCAUGUUGUCAACUUAAACCCUUCUCUGCUGUCCAUUGACAAGAAUGGAAAUGGGGGUACGAAAAUCAGCACUGUGACUCCAUGGACUGAAUUGCAUAGUUUUCUCUACAAACCUUUUGUGCAAGAUUUUGUGAAGAAGGCAGCAGGAAGGAGAAUGAAGAGAGUGGCAUCAGAGGCACCGUUUGAUGCAUGCUUCGAUUCAAGCACCAUUGAGAAUUCUGUCACUGGUCUGGUUGUGCCAGUCAUUGACCUGGUGCUAGCUGGGGGAGUGGAGUGGAGUAUUCAUGGAGCCAAUUCCAUGGUGAUGGCAGGCAAAAAUGUUGCGUGUCUUGCAUUUGUAAAUGGAGGGAUGAAAGCAAAACUGUCUUCUGUUGAAACAUCUAUUAUUGAGGGGCAUCAGUUAGAGGACAAUCUUUUGGUGAUUGAUGAGGCUUCGUCAAGAUUAAGCUUUAGCUCCUCUCUUUUACUUCGAAACGUAACGUGCUCCCAUGUUUAA